AUGGCCAGACAAAACCCAUCAGUGUCGCUCCCCUACGCAGGUAUCAUCAAAGUGUACUCCUCAGAAGAUGACAGUCUUGUGGUCUGGACGAAUCCGCGGCAUAUCCACUUACACAAGAAGACCUCAUCGGGAAGGACCGCUUGCUGCGACUCCUUCACCGCAGGCGGCAUCGUCGAGAAUCACGUCGGCACACUGCAUUUUCUGACUUCCGACCGGUUUGUGCCCGCAGACGCAGAGCCGUAUAUGGACACGAGAGAUAAGACCUGUGCAUGCGUUGGGUAUGUCCAGCAUACAAGUCGGAGGCUCCAUUACACCCUAGUCGCCAUUAGCGAUGCCGUAGCGGAUAGAGAAGCAAUUAGGCAAGCAAAGAUACUCGGCUGCAUACCUGCGUCGACGCAACAGAUACACGAAUUCACAAUGCGCCCUAUCAUGCUCAGGGAUCUCCACAGGCAGUAUGGCCUAACCCUCCUCGCUCGCACCCGGCACAAUCAGGUCAUCAAGGGGCGCCUUACAGUCCUGCCCCGCAAAGCGAUAGACCCAUCAUACCGAGGCUCUAGGCUGGUAUUCGCACAAUUCGAUCCUGCCCUCGUUUAUCUGGAUGAAGGCAUGUGGGUGUAUGCUAGACAACCAAGCGCUGAGAUGUUGGACAAUAUGACGAACGAGAUGCUCGCGAGGCUGGACAGUGGGCCGUACCAUUGUGAGACUUUCCGUUACCGGUAUAAUUUCUCACACUCUAAUCAGCCGUACUAUACUCUCCGUAUAGUAGGACAUAUCGUGGAAAUCCGCGGCCGCGAUUCGGACGGGUGUGUGGAGGUGGCGAUCCAGUGCUCACACGAGGUGUUGAGUGAGAUCUCUCUCCUGCGAGACUGGCUGGAUAACCCGGAUGGCAGCAACCCUCCGCCCACGUAUUUCAGAUGA